AUGAUUCCGCUUUCAACUUUGCCAAUACUUGCUCGAUUGUUGUAUUGCCACAUCGCCUACCAACUUGAUCCGAACAAAGGCGAUUGCUUAGAAAUUCCUGAGACUGAUCAUACUUCCUACACAUGCACUGAUGGAUUGAAGCAGGGAUCAGUUUGUGCAUUUGUCUGUGAUUCUGGUAUGGAGAUGCAUGGUUCAGCUUUCUUGAAAUGCAUAGAUCGUGAUGGCAACGACACUUGGUCUGAGAUUCAUCCAGUUUGUACAAAUAAUGUAAAUGGAAAUAGUUGUCCACCAAUCACUACACCGGGUAAUGGUACAAUGUCUUGCAGCAAUGAAUUUAUACCAGGAUCUAUAUGUACUUUUGACUGUGAUGGGGGAUUUUAUUUGAGCAACCUAGAUCCGAUCGUUUGUGAAAAUGGAAAUACUUGGAGCGAUGACCCAACCGUUUGUCAUGUUCUUCGACUAUGCAACGCUUACCAUUUUUAUGGAUAUGCUGAUUGUACUGAUGGUUCUAGUCUCCACUCGGUCUGCUCUAACUUCAGAUGUGCGGAGGAGGGAAAGGUACCUGAUCGUCAAAUCGAGAUCACUUGUGUAGAAACUACUCCUGGAGAGCAGGAUUGGGAUUUCUCACCAACAUGCGUGUAUGAAUGUGAACCUCUUAUUGAAACAAUAGAUAAUGGUGUUGUUACCUGCACUGCUGCUAACACUGAAAAUUCAAUUUGUAGUUUUUCAUGCAAUGAUUAUUACUUGAUAUCAGAAGUGAAUGUGUUGGUUACUUGCACAGGAAGCAAUGAAACUUGGGCAUGGGAUAAUCAACCACCAACAUGCACUGCGAUUCCUGUUCACUGCCCUGAGAUAGAUCCUGCACAAUUAACAGUUAGUACUUUAUUUAUGUGUACUGAUGAUAACAACCUUGGUUCCGUCUGCCAGUUUCAAUGUGACAGUGGUGCAGAGUUGGAUGGGAAUGUAACGAAGGUCAACUGUACUGAUCCAAGUGGGACUGGAAAUGGAGAAUGGUCACAUGAACUACCGAAUUGCUACUUCACAACAUGUGAAGAACCUCAAAUUCAAAAUGGCAAGUUGGAAUGUGAUGGACCUAUUGCACCUGAAAUCUCUUGUACAAUUUCAUGUAGAACAGGAUUUCAACCGUCAUCUUCUGAUCCGAUAACAUGUAAAAAGACUGGACAAUGGGAUGGAGAUAUUCCCAAAUGCAAAGCUGGUCCAUGUCUUCCACCUCUCGAUGUAAUGACAGAAAAGGUUUCUUGUAAUGAUCUUAACAAUCCUGGAUCAAAAUGUCAGCUAACUUGCACAGAAUCAUCAGAAGCUGGCAAACAACAUGAAUUUAUUUGUGCUGGAGUGGAAGUUGGAGGUGCUAGCUUCUGGAGCAAGAAUCUUCAGCCGUGUUUCGGUUGCGGCAAAAUGCUUGUUGAUAUCUUUAUUCUCAUUGAUGCCUCUUCAAAUUUGAAACCGUGGCAUUUUGCCGAAAUGAUGGAAUGGUUGACACAUCUUCUACAAGAAGUAGGAACUGCAUUCGAUGCCGGGUCAGCAUGGGUUUCUAUUGCUCUCGCUGGCAGUAAAGAACCACAGUGUGAUCCAAGAAACUCAUUUUCUGUAAAUGAGCUUUCAUUAUUAUUCCGAAAUAUAAAAUUACCGUUGUUGCAACAAAAAAUUCGUUCACUUAAACCUAUUGGUGGAUGUUUACAUUUGGGAGGAGCUUUAGCUCAAUCUGUUCAUUAUGGAGUAUCGCAGAGAAGACCCCAUGCAACACCUGUUGUAUUGUUAAUGCUGGCUGGCCCAACUAUUGAUGAUUUUCAUGGAGCUGUUACUAUGGCAAAAGAAGCAGGUUUCCAAUUUGCAAUUAUUGGGGUAGCAAAUGCAAGUGUAAUCAACUUUCAACAAAUUGCAAACACACCAGAAUCAAUCAUCUAUGUUCCAGAGAUACAACUAUUUCAUUCGGCUUCUUUUCAUGUAACAAAUCUUUUGACCAAAAUUGAUUGCCCAGGUUUUUCUAAAUGUGCUGGUCCAAUGAAAUUUGGAUUCAUAAAUUGUCGGCAAGAUCCAAGUGAAAAACCUGUUUUUAAUGAAAUAUGUUCUGUGUCUUGUGAUAGAGGGUAUUCACUUGUAGGAAAUGCAACAGUUUUGUGUGGAGAUCCAGAUAAGGAUGGUACUGUAGAUUGGAUUUCUCCUUUACCAAAAUGCAAAGAGAUCCGUUGUUCUGAGAGACCUCCACCCAAAGAUGGUUUUAUGAGUUGUACCAAUGGUAAUCUAUUUCCAUCUGUGUGUAAAUACUUCUGCAUACCUGAUUAUUUCUUGAUUGGCCAUGCGCAAGCAUUUUGUGGCGAUCCUAACAGAGAUGGCGAAGGAGAAUGGAGUUCUGAAUCUCCACUCUGUCUCAAAGACUUGCAUUGUUUACCUGCAUUUAUUGCACCGCCGAAUGGGCAAAUGCAAUGUAUUCGAAACAACACAUUUGGAUCGCAAUGUCAUUUUUCUUGCGACAAAGGCUAUGAAAUAACUGGAAAUGGUAUAAUAAAUUGUGGAACUCCUAUGCCUGAUGGAAUGGUACAAUGGAGUGAUGAUCCACCUAUCUGUGAAGCUUGUAAAUCUGAUAAUUGUCAGUUAGAUUUGAUGGUUGUUAUGGAUGGAUCAGGAAGUUUACAAAUGAAAGAGUUUGUUCAGAUGAAGGAAUAUAUACUUGAGAUAUUGAACGAAUAUAAAGGAUCAAUAGACAGUGGAGGAACAUGGGUUGGCUUGAUACAGUACAGUGGAGAAGCUACAUUCAUGUGUGAUUCUGGUGAAUUAUUACCAAAAUAUGCUAUUGAGUUUGAUUUAUCAGAAUAUUCUUUCUAUGAAGUCCAGCAAAAGAUUUUGAAUAUCGGUCAUUUGAAAGGAUGUACAGCUACGGGUGAUGCAAUAUCAAGGGCUACAAAACACUUUGAAGUUCUUGGAAGACUUGAAUCAGAUAGAGUUAUGAUAAUUGUCACUGACGGAAAAUCAAAUGAUGAUGUAGAAGGUCCUGCUGAAGAAGCUAGGGAUAAAAACAUCAAACUAAUACCUAUUGGUAUUGGGAAAUUUGAUAGAACAGAACUCCAAAAAAUAUCUGGAGCAACUCGAAGUAUCAUUGAUGUUGAAAGUUUUGAAGAACUUGGAUCAUCGAUAGCAAAUGUUCAAGAAGAGAUUGAAGGUCAUCUUGAGGAGUCUGAUUUUGUCAUCGAUGAUUCUGGUACAAGAAGGAAAGCUGUAAAUAUUGCAGCAGCAGUGUUUUCAGUCCUAUUGCAAGUGGGAAUAUAUUAUGAUUAUUUUUUGUAUUGUGGAAAUGUAUGAAACGGAAGAAUUUUUAUUCGUUUGCACUUCAAAGAACAAAGAAGACUAGUCAUUAUUGGAUACAGCAGAAAUGGCCACUUUGUUUGCGAUUGUGAUGGAUAAAGGUUAUAUUCAAAGAAUUGUGUAGAUAAUUAGAAUAUUACAAUACGAAAGUAUUUAUUUGUUUGAAUCA